ACACAGGGUAAAAGAAUUGUAUUGCCUCCAACAUUUACUGGAGGAGCGCGUUACAUGAUACAAAAUUAUCAAGAUGCAAUGGCCAUCUGCAGAUGGGCAGGUUAUCCAGAUUUAUUUAUCACCUUUACAUGCAACCCUAGAUGGCCGGAGAUUGAUCGUUUUCUCCAUCAAAGAAAUUUGAAAGCGGAGGAUCGGCCAGAUAUAAUAAGUAGAGUGUUCAAGAUGAAACUUGACGGUUUAAUUAAAGAUCUUCGAAAAAAUAAAGUGUUUGGGAGUGUUAGAGGAGUUGUCUACACUAUUGAAUUUCAAAAACGUGGCUUGCCUCAUGCCCACAUUUUGCUUUGGCUGUCCAUUGAAGAUAAAUUACCCUCGCCUGUUGACAUAGAUAGGGUUAUCUCUGCCGAAAUCCCAGAUAUGAACCUUGACCCUAUAUAUUAUGCUGCAGUGGGAAACUUUAUGAUGCACGGCCCAUGCGGUCGUAGUGUCAAAUCUGCUCCUUGCAUGGUUGAUGGCAAGUGCACUAAACAUUUUCCAAAGGAAUGGUGUGCAGAGACAACUGUUGACGAUGAUGGGUUCCCGAUCUAUAUGCGCCGUCAUAACGACCGUAGAAUAUCAAAGAAUAAAGUUGAUUUAGACAACAGAUUUGUUGUGCCGCACAACCGUUAUUUGUUGCUCAAAUAUGGCGCUCAUAUGAACGUUGAAUGGUGUAAUCAAUCAAAGUCCAUAAAAUAUUUGUUUAAGUACAUUAAUAAAGGGCGCGACAGGGUAACCGCAGGUUUUUUCCAAUCAGUUGACGGUGAGACAAAACAAAACCCAGUCGAUGAAAUACAGAUGUACUAUGACUGUAGAUACAUUUCUGCUUGCGAAGCUGCCUGGCGAAUAUUUGGAUUUGAGAUUCAGUAUAAGAAUCCGCCUGUAGAACGUUUGAGCUUUCAUUUACCUGAAGAACAGAGUGUGGUUUUCCAUGAUGGUGAACCUCUGGAUUUAGUGGUAAAGACCUAUUCCGUAAAACAUAGUAUGUUCACAGCGUGGAUGGAAGCUAACAAAAAGUAUCCAGAUGCAAAAUUGUUGACCUACGCUGAGUUUCCUCAAAAAUUUGUUUGGAAACAAAAAACAAGAGAAUGGGCUCCGAGAAAACAAGCUUUUGCAAUUGGAAGAAUCUACUAUGUUCAUCCUGGAACUGGUGAAUCCUAUUACAUAAGGUGCCUUUUAAAUCACAUUAGGGGUGCAACAUGUCAUGCUGAUUUGAGAACGUUAAACGGUAUAACAUAUGCUUCUUUCCGUGAUGCAUGCUAUGCUUUGGGAUUGCUUGAAGAUGAUAAAGAAUUCAUCGAUGCUUUUAAAGAAGCGAGUCAAUUCUCAUCUGCCUAUGGUCUAAGGAUUCUCUUUGUGAUAUUAUUGUGGACAGACUCCAUGGCUCGACCAGAAUAUGUUUGGGAAAAUUGUUGGUUGUUCAUGGCUGAUGAUAUACAGUACAAUCGAAGAAGAAUAUUACAGCAUCCAGAAUUAGUUCUGACAGAUGAUCAAUUACAGUCCUUUACUUUACAAGAAAUAGAAAGAUUGUUACAAAGUCGUGGAAAGAGUUUGCAUGAUUACCCACCCAUGCCUACUGUUGUACUUGAUUCACUACUGUCCUCCAACGAUAGACUCAUAUACGAAGAAAUGCGUUAUGACCGAAUAGCAUUAGCUGAAGAACAUUCUACCUUGCUCGAGUGCCUUACAGAUGAGCAGGAACGAGUAUAUGAGUCAGUCAUGCAGUCCAUUAAUAAAGCCGUCGGGCGUAUUUUUUUUAUUUAUGGAUACGGAGGUUCAGGAAAGACAUUUUUAUGGAAGACACUUUCUGCUGCCAUUCGGUCUAAAGGUGAAAUUGUUCUUAAUGUUGCAUCCAGCGGUAUUGCAUCUCUUCUUUUACCAGGUGGCCGUACGGCGCACUCAAGGUUUGGAAUUCCGAUAAGUUUGAAUGAAGACUCAACAUGUAAUAUUAAGCAGGGAAGUCCACUUGCAAAACUUAUUGUACGUUGUAAGCUUAUAAUUUGGGACGAGGCUCCAAUGUUGCAUAAGUUCUGCUUUGAAGCGUUAGACCGCAGUAUGCGUGACAUAAUGCAGUUUCAUACACCUAACAGUGGAAGUCUUCCUUAUGGCGGAAAAACAAUAGUGUUUGGUGGUGAUUUUCGUCAAGUGUUGCCAGUGAUACCUCAUGGAAGCAGACAAGAUGUUGUCAAUGCUACAAUAAAUUCAUCAUACCUUUGGUCUAAAUGCACGGUAAUGCGAUUAACAAAAAAUAUGCGUUUGCAGCACAUGACUAAUCUAGAGGAAUCGUACGCCUUGAAAGUUUUUUCCAAUUGGAUCGCCGGUAUUGGUGAUGGGAUUGCUGGUGAAAGUAAUGAUUGUCAUGCUGAUAUCUCUAUUCCUGAAGAUCUGUUAAUCCGUACAGAUAAAGAUCCGAUAGCUGCAAUUGUUCAAAGCAUCUUUCCAGAGUAUGUUGAAUCAACACAAAAUAUAAGUUCUUUGUGUGACCGUGCAAUUUUGGCACCCACACUCGCUGUUGUUGAAGCCAUAAAUGAGUAUAUGACAUCACUCAAUGUCAGCGAAAUUUCAAGAACCUAUCUUAGUUCAGACAGCGUUUCAAAAGUCGAUUGCACGACCGAUUUGAUGACCGAAUUACAUACACCAGAAUUCCUGAACAGCAUCAAAUUGUCUGGCGUGCCAAACCACGAGUUAACGUUAAAAGUGGGAACUCCUGUAAUGCUUUUACGGAAUAUAGAUCAUUCAAUGGGAUUAUGCAACGGGACACGCCUUAUUCUAACGAGGCUAGGAGAUCAUAUUUUGGAAGGAACAAUUUUAGCUGGCGUAAGUGCUGGAAAAAAAGUACUAAUUCCCAGAUUGUCUUUGACCCCUUCUGAUUCAAGCUUGCCAUUCAAAUUUCAGCGGCGCCAAUUUCCUAU